AACACGACAAGCAUCAUCUUCCAAACAUCUAGUGUCGCCUGCUGCAAUGGAGCUCCGACCACGACACUUGGCCUCUCCAAAGGUUGUUUUGAUCCCUUGGAUCCUAAUGGAAAUGUUACGAUUACUUACGAUAUUCGAACUUGGACGACUCGUGGAUACGUGGGGAGGGUCACUGUCCAAAACUACUAUCAGUUCCGACACGUGGAGAAGCCGGGUUGGAAGCUGGGGUGGACAUGGACAAGGGAUGAAGUCAUCUGGUCAAUGAGUGGAGCUUUUGCAACUGAACAAGGGAAUUGCUCGUUGUUUAAGUUUGACACUCCACAUUCCUGUGAAGAGAGCCCUGUCAUUCUUGAUCUCAUGCCGGAGGCAUCGCCCGAAAACCGAUCGGAGGGUUGCUGUCGCGGUGGGGUUCUUUCUGCUCGGGCUGUGGACCCUUCCAAGUCAUUCACUUCGUUUGAAAUUUCAGUUGGGAGUAUGGAUGAAGAUGGCCAUGAGCAACCACCGGCCAAUGUUACUCUCAUGGCGCCUGGUCUUGGUUACACUUGCAGCCCAUUUUUGGACGCUCAUCCAACCGUUUCUUCUGUCAUUGACGGCAAAAGACAAGUUCAGGUUUUUAGAACAUGGAAGUCAACAUGUACUUACUCCAUGUUUGUGGCGAACAAGACACCACUCUGUUGUGUCUCACUCUCAACAUUUUACAAUCCCUCCAUCACACCCUGCCCUACAUGCAGCUGUGGUUGCAGAAAAGCAAACAAAAGCUCUGUUCACUGUACAAGAGAAGAACACCCGUUGUCGACCACAAAUUCUUCUAACGAUCUCGCCGCAGUACAGUGCUCGGACCACAUGUGCCCGGUUCGGGUGCAUUGGCACGUUAUGACGAACUAUAUCGACCAUUGGAGAGUGAAACUCACAGUUUCCAACUACAACUACAACAGAAACUACUCAAACUGGAACAUCCUAGUACAGCAUCCAGGCUUCAAACAAUCAACAGAAGCAUUUAGUUUCAAUAGCUCACAACUUCCAUCCUUCAGAUUUGGAGGCGAGUUGGGUGUCUUUUGGGGCAUUGAGUAUUACAACACAGAGCUUGUGCAAUCCACUGAUAUCAAUGUGGGGCAUGUGACAACAGAGAUUGUUCUUGAAAAAGACUUAGAAUCAUUCACAUUAAGCAAUGGUUGGGCGCUUCCAAGAAGAGUUUAUUUCAAUGGAGAUUACUGUCAGAUGCCUUUACCAGACACCUUCCCAAUGCUACCAAAUGGGAGUUCUAAGCAAACCCUCUCCAUUCUCCUCCUCUUGUUGGCCUUUUUGUUUUGGUGAAGGCAUAGCUUGGGUUGAUUGGAAGGUUGGCUAUGCAUUGUAAAUGUUAAAAGAUCUCUCUUUCUUGCACGGGUUGCACGGGCUUCCUCUGCCAUCACCAUCCGACCUGUCUAGUGAGUUCUUGUAGAGUGGGUCGUGGAUUGUUAAAUAUUAUGGCAACCCAGAUGAGGCAUCAUCUUGUUCGGGCUAGUUAAAUAUUUAUACUCGAGAAAGAUAGAGUUGUACUAUUGACUGAUUAGACUGACUCUUUUA